CACACACACACGUGACCUCCUGAACUUCAACAAGACAAAACCUGACGUUUCCUGUGCAGAGUCAUACAGAAAAAUAGUGAUAAAAGUGUGGGCACUACAAGGCAGCCCUUGAAACUUGUAAUUCUAGGUGUGUCCUGUAAUACGUUUCAUUCAUUUGUGAAUGGUCCCUGACUCAAAGCUCUGUAAUGUUCCAGACAAGAGGACGGACCCAUGGCUGCUGGUCUACUCCCCCGUGUCCGUGGCACUCAUCUUCCUGGUGUACCUCUGUGUGGUCUGGGCCGGCCCUCGUCUGAUGAAACACAGAGAACCCUUCGACCUCAAAGUCUUCCUCAUUGUUUACAACUUCGCCAUGGUCGGCCUGUCGGCCCACAUGUUCUAUGAGUUCGUGGUCACAUCAUGGCUCUCCAACUACAGCUUCCUCUGUCAGCCUGUAGAUUACAGCACCAGCCCGCUGUCAUUGAGGAUGGCCAAAGCCUGCUGGUGGUUCUUCUUCUCCAAGGUCAUAGAGCUCGCUGACACGAUCUUCUUCAUCCUGAGGAAGAAGAACAGCCAGCUGACCUUCCUUCACGUUUACCACCACGGCACCAUGAUCUUCAACUGGUGGGCGGGCAUCAAGUAUGUUGCCGGUGGACAGUCGUUUUUCAUCGGCCUGGUCAACACCUUCGUUCACAUUGUGAUGUAUUCUUACUACGGCCUGGCUGCCAUCGGCCCUCACAUGCAGAAGUACCUGUGGUGGAAGAGAUACCUCACCUCUCUGCAGCUGCUGCAGUUCCUGCUGUUCCUCUUUCACACCGGCUACAACCUGUUCACAGAGUGCGACUUCCCCGACUCCAUGAACGCGUCGGUGUUUAGUUACUGCGUCACCCUCAUCAUCCUCUUCAGUAACUUCUAUUAUCAGAGCUACCUCAACAAGAAGAAGCAGAAAUAAGAUGCAGUGGGUGGGAAAAGGCCGAACCACACCGGCACAAAGAAUAACUAGAAACAACAGACCUCAGAAAAUAACCAAACUAUGUGACAGCAGACAGCAAACAGCAGACAGCAAACAGCAGACAGCAAACAGCAGACGGCAAACAGCAGACGGCAAACAACAGACGGCAAACAGUAGACGGCAAACAGUAGACAGCAAACGGCAAACAGCAGACAGCGCUCCCUAAAAACAUUCUUCAAGUCUGUUAAACGGGAAUCUUGAUGGUAUUGUGUGUUUGAAAGUCCUUCAUGUUUCCUCAUGUACAUGUGCCAUAUUGUCAUAGAUUAUUGUAGUACCAUGGUCCCAUCUCUGGUAACUAAGUACAAAAUACAAACAAAUUAUUUUAAUAGUUAUAUGUGCCUUUAGGGACUUUUAUUGAAUUAGCGGUGUAGUUUGAUUUGUAGUGACCUCAUUGUAUAUAAUGGUUUAAUCACUACAUUGUGACUAGUCUAGACGUUUUACAAGCAGUAAGAUGAUUGUCAUGCGUAUUACCAUGGUAACAAUGUCAUGUUAGUGGACAAAAAGUCCAGAGAGUGUAACUUUGGAUAAUAAAGCCCAAA